CCACAGUCCACAUCCUGCCAAAGAUAAGAUAGUUCAGCUCAUGUAGUCUUUGUGGAGUGUAGAGACAACAAGACGUGGCCACAGAAGAACUUGAAAAUUUAUAAAUUGCUCAUCACAUUUGUGUCCUUGAAAAAUAGCGCAGCUCGAAAAUUUAUUACUGGUACCAAAAUGAACAAAACGAACACAUACUAAGAGAUGAAAGCUAUAACACGCUUAAAGUCCAAGACGAAUUAAAAUCUUCGAAGUUCCCUCGUGCGACGCCUGGACUCCCCAAGAUGGCCGACCUCCCGCCGCCUCCGCCGCCUCCGCCCGAAGAUUACGACAUCGACUCCCUGCCCCCGCCUCCUCCGCCUCCCGUCGAUUAUGACAUGUCCUCCCUCCCGCCGCCUCCACCGCCUCCCGCGGACGACUUCCAAGCGCCUCUUCCUCCUCCAGACUACGACCUGGACAGUGCGCCUCCCCCGCCGCCGCCCCCGGAGGUCAUCUACGAGGGUGCGGGGAGCGGAGACCCCAGGGCCUCGCUGGCGGACAUGGGGCAGCGGGCCAGGUCGCGCGAGUCCGACACGGCGAGCCUCUCCAGCCGCAGGUCCACUUGGUCUUCGACGAGCCAGAAGAGGGCUACCCCGCGCCCCCCUUCGCGCCAGAGCAUGGUCAGCACGCCCCCCGUCGGUGAGCGCAGAGGGUCUAGCGGACCCGUCCUACAGCGCCAGGUAUCCUCGGCUUCGAUGGCAGCCUACACGCAGCCGUUCAUGCUGUCGGAGGAAGCCCAGGGCGCCUCUUCUCUGUACGGCACGAUGAGCAAGGCGGCGCGGAGGGCAGCCAAGACGCAGCAGCAGCCCCAUCACUCUGCUGAGGCGUACGGUACAAUUCGGCGCGGGAACGCAGGCGCGAACCGGUUCGACUUGCAUGAUCACAAAAGUGGUUCCGGUUCAAGCAGAGACGUGAGGAAUGUCCAAUGGAACGAACUAGGAAGAUUGUCCAGGAGCAGCCUGCACUCGGUCUCCAACGGCUCCCAGAUGACUUUGUCCGGGAGUGACCUGGCGCCGAUCCCUCAGGAGGACGCGGGCCAGCAGGACUUUCUCAUGAGACUCAAGCCGGUGCCCAGGCUUGUGAGCGAGGAAGGAAUAAAGUUUUACGUCAACGAAAAUGAGAAGAAUGAGAAGAACAAGGUUUGA